AUGGGCUCCGGCACGAGUUCCGGCGCCAGCGGACACAACAUGAUGGCUGUCUUCCAGAACUCGAUGACCACAUCCCUUUUCUCGGCAGCAUGGACGCCCCAUUCAACCGGUGCCUACGCAGGCACGUGCAUCUUCCUCAUCGUCUUCUCCGCCAUCCUCCGAGGUCUAUUAGCCCUACGCAACUGGCUGGAGUACAGAUGGAUCGAUGCCGAGAUGAAGCGCCGCUACGUCGUUGUUGCCGGACGAGGAACGCUGGCCGAAAGGGUUAGCAAUGAUUCACUGGCGAAGCCCAUGGUGCUGAGCAGCAGCGGCGUCGAGGAGAACGUCAUGGUCGUUCAGAAGCAUGGAGCGGAAGGGCGCCCGUUCAGGUUAAGCGUGGAUCCAAUCCGUGCGGUGCUUGAUACGGUCAUUGCGGGUGUCGGAUAUCUUCUUAUGUUGGCGGUCAUGACCAUGAAUGUCGGAUACUUCAUCUCGGUGCUCGGCGGAGUAUUCAUCGGCAGUCUUAUUUGCGGCCGCUAUGCGACAUACUUCGGUCACUAG